AUGUUUCGAAACCGAGGAGGAGGAAGAGGCAGAAAGAAACCAUCAUCAUCCAAAAAGAAGGAAGAAAUCAAACGCAUUUUAGUGGACUUGACGGAGUAUAAAACGACGCAAUGUUGUGGCAUUUCCUAUUACAACCCGUUCGUGCAGUUUUAUUAUUACAUGAGAAAAAUGAUCAUCAUUUAUGGAUGGCCCUUAGUCUUCAUGAUCGUCUCGGUGAUGUUUGGCGUGAAAGGAGCGAUGAUUGGUUUAGUCGGGUCGAGUGGACUUCCGUACGCCCAAAAAUACUUGAAAUUGAGCGCGAUUGAGAUGCAAAAAUACGGCAUCGUGGCUUCGUUUCCGUGGACGGUGAAGCCUUUGAUUGGGAUGAUUAGCGAUGGAGUUCCUAUUUUUGGAUACAACAAGAGAUGGUACAUCGCCGCUUCGUCUUUAAUCGGAUCGGGUGCGAUUUACUUCAUUGCCACGUAUAAGUUUGAUCGAUCGAACGGUUUGUAUUACAUCGCCGGCUUGACGCUCAUCAACGCCCAAGUCGCCAUCGCGGAUUUACUCACAGAAGGGAAAUACGCCGAAGCCAUGCGAUACAAUCCAAGCCACUCUGCGUCUAUGGUUUCGUACGUGUGGGGUAACAUUACUUUAGGCGGGAUUUUAGCGACGGUCUUAUCCUACAUCGCGCUUAAAGAUGAAAACUAUCAUCUUCUCUUUUGGAUGGCGUUGCCUUUUGCCGUGCAAUGUUUUCUCACCUCGGCGAGCGGGUUAUUGCCGGAAUUGAGAGUAAAAAGAAGCAAGAAAGGCGAAGUUGUCGUCGAUGACGACGAGGACGACGACGACGACGAGGAGGAGGACGAUGGAAUGGGACCGAGUAACGCGAAGAAAUCUGUCACGUUUGCAGACAGUGAGGAAGACGAGGAGACGAAGAAAGCGAAACGAGAAAAAAGAUCGAUGAACAUGAUGGCAAUCUUGAUGGGUAUCAUUUGCGUUGUUAUUGCUGGCAUUCAAAUUGCAGGUUUAGAUGAGACUACAGUCUUAGCCAUCACCUCGAUUUCGUGCUUACUUUUGUCGAUGUUGAUAUAUUUCUUUCUGCCGAGACAGUUGGCAAAGGCGACGUUUUUCUUAUUCAUCACCUCCGUGCUAUCGGUAUCUUUCGGCGGAGCCAUGACGUAUUGGUUCACCGUCGAUGCAAAAUGCAAUCCAGGCGGGCCACACUUUGACUACGUAUAUUUCACCGUCUACACGUCCAUCGUUGGGCAAUGUUCUGGAAUCGUCGGUAUUUGGUUGUUCAACAUCUUCUUCUCAAAAGGGAGCUUACGAAAAGCGUUCUGGAUUUCGAGCGUGAUUUCGUCGCUCGGAUCGUUUUUCGAUUACGCAAUCGUGAAGCGAUGGAAUGUGGACUAUUUGAGCAUUCCCGAUAAAGCAUUUUACAUGUUUGGCGAUGCGGUGUUAGAAUCUAUCGUCGGCAUGAUGGCGUACAUGCCGUCUGUAGUGUUGAUUGCGAAAAUGUGUCCGAAAAAUUUAGAAACGACAAUGUUUGCCAUUUUAGCCAGUUUUGCAAAUUUAGGGGGGUCUUUAAGUGGUUCUUUCGGGACAUUUGCGAUGGAUUACGCGGGCAUUAAAACCGAUUUGACUUCGGGAAGUUGCAACUGGGAUAACUUGCCGAAUCUCAUCUUGAUUUGCGGUAUUUGCUUGCCGCUUCUCGCGAUUCCUCUGACGUUCAUCUUCGUUCCAAACAUUUUGAUGACGGAUACUAUCACAGAUUUCGAUAAUUCCUCAAAGAAAGUUGGCGAUAAGUACGUCACCGAGGAAGAAAAGAAAUCUUUGAUAAAGUGA